AUACCCUUCUUUCUUACAGAACAUUAACCUUUUAUUACCUUAACCUCAACAAAAAUAUAAAUAACAGGAUCUUCUAUUUUCCUCUCUACUCGGAUUUCUUCCUCAACACCCCCAUUCCACACCACCCCCACAAUACCCCCUUAAUUUUGAAUUCGCCGUUUCAUCUCCUCUUUUACAAUUAACUGAAGUGAUCAGGAAUGUAGUUGGAUUGGCUGUGUCAUCAGAUAGUGAAUUUGAAUUUUUUUUAAAGACUUAGAUUGGGAAUAAUGGAGGCUAACAUAUGUGACAUCAAUCACUUGGAUGCUGAUGUCCUUUUGCCUCCUCGAAAGCGCCUGCUUGCUGGAUUCAAGAAACAGAGUUCUGAUGGUGAUGGUGCUUCGCUUCUUCCUGUAGUUGGUUCCUCUUCAUCUUCAGCAUCUCCUGCUUCUCCAUCUCCCCAGUCUCCUCCUUCCCCGACACCUUGUUCUCCUUCUUCAAGUGAAUUUCAGGCACGUCUUAACAAGCUGUUGAGUUCCCAUUUUAAUAAUAGUCAUAACCUUUCACCUGAGCAGAUUGUGGAGGCCUCAAAAUCAGCAGCUGAGGCUGCUGUUAAGGCUGCAGAGGCUGCAAGAGCAGCGGCUCAGGAGAAGGAAAUUAGUGCAGCAAAAGCUGUGACAGCUGCCAAGAGUGCUUUAGCUUUAGUUGCAUCAUUUCCUGAAGAGGCAGCUAGCAAGGAUAAAUACCUGAGAAAGAAUAAGUUGAAGAAGCAUGUCCAAGUUCAGCUCUUGUACAAAAAACACCAACCAGUUGAGAAUUAUAGGGAUGAUGAAGAAUUAGCUCGUAAGUUGCAUCGCGUUAUAAACAGCUCGCCAAGAAUUUCGAAGAAUUCUUCCAGUUCUGACUUGAAGGGUGGUCAUAGAAAUAAGAAGCCUAAAAGCUCAACAAGUUCGGAAAGAACUAAGGUUUCAAAUGGAAGUAUAAUUUUCGGAGAAAACCCACCUUCUUUUUGCAAUGGGCAUGCCAUAGCUGGUGAGUUGGAUUCUGAUGAUUCUAUCCAGGAGGCACCCAUAAGAAUACCUGAUGAGAAGGCACUGAAAUAUGAAAAAGCUGGCCAAUUAGACAUGGAUAAUGGGGAAGCAGAGUCAAGUCACUCGAAGGAGAAAAACUGGGGGGAUUCGGGUUCGCCUAGUAAAAAGAAGGGAAGACUGAAACUGAAGAAGUUGCCAUUAAGCGUUUGUAAUUCUAAGGAUCAAUCAAACCCCAAGGAAGAUAGUCUUCCUAGAAGCCUCCCAUUGACUGAUAAGAACACGGGUAAUCCUGCUACUACUCGUGUUAAGCCUUUGUUUCCAAUGGAGCCUUCUACUGGUACUCUAAUGCAAAUUGAACCUACACCACUGUGGAAAUGCCAGGAGUUCAAAGCACCUGCAUGUGUCAAACAGAAUAAAGUCGUGCAGUCGUAAUCCUCAAACCCUCUUUGGUAACAGCUGAUGACUGAUAGAAGUUGAUAGCUGAGGUAGGAUUUGUGAUGCUCUUCUUUUUUCUUUUUUUCUUUAUAUAGAAACCAGCUUUAUUUGAUUUGUCUGUUUUUUCCCCCAUGACCUUUGGUUUUGUAAUGAAGUUAAACUGAUUGAAAUGUAUAUUUUUAAAAAUUCAA